CUCUAGACCCGUAGAUUUGGAAACUUUUGCUGACCUCAUCUUCACAUUGACAAUGUCUGGAAGACCUCAAGACGAUAGAAACCAGGAGGCUACGGUAUAUCUGGGUAAUCUCGAUGAGCGGUGCACGGACGCACUCAUUUGGGAGUUAAUGCUACAAGCAGGACCUGUUGUAAACGUGCACCUUCCAAAGGAUCGCAUUUCAAUGGCUCAUCAGGGGUACGGUUUCUGUGAGUUCCUGACAGAGGAGGAUGCAGAGUACGCAUGCAAAAUCAUGAACCAGAUCAAAUUAUGGGGUAAGCCCAUCAGGGUGAACAAGGCAUCGUCCGACAAAAAACAACUCGAUGUAGGAGCAAACCUUUUCAUCGGCAACCUGGACGAGAACGUGGACGAGCGACUGCUAUACGAUACUUUCAGCGCGUUUGGUAUGAUGGCCACAACAGCAAAGAUUGCACGAGACCCUGGCACGGGGGUUUCAAAGGGUUAUGGCUUCGUCUCAUACACGGACUUCGAGUCCUCCGACGCUGCAACAGAAUCCAUGAACGGCCAGUUCCUCAUGAACAAAGCCAUCACUGUGCAGUAUGCGUUCAAGAAAGAUGGAAAAGGCGAGCGCCAUGGUACCUCAGCAGAACGUCUACUCGCCGCACAAGCACGGAAGAACAAUGCACUUCCCAUCACCUCCCGUCCUCCUCCUGCACAGAUGGCUUUUGGUGCUCGUCCUCCUAUGCCGGGAUUCCAGGGUCCUUAUCAAGGGCAGUUCGCGGGUGUGCUUGCUCAGCCGCCACCUCCACCUGGUUUCAACCCGCCGCAGACCGUUAUUCCACAAGGGAUCCCAGUGAUGGGAGGAAUGCCACCUGUAGGGAUGGGAAUACCGCCACCACCGCCCAACAUGUUUCCUCCUGGAGCAUUCCCGCCUCCGCCACCACCUGGUUUCGCCAUGCAUCAGUGAACGCACGAGUCCUUGGAAUUGUAGCCGUUGCAACUGUAGGGUGAUGUAAUUCUGCUGUCACCAAAUAUGACUAUGUAUGCCACAAAAAAUUUGACUUAAUCGUACUUAGCCAUGGAUGAUCACCAAAAGAGACUUGCUGGCGGAGUCCGCGACAAAGUCAUAACAAACUGCCUUCGCAGGCAAUGGACGUAAGCGUAAUGACGUCUGUGUUAUUGAAUAUUCUCACUUGCAAGCAUUUAU